CAGCCGAGCCCGCCGGAGCCGCUCUGCCCCGCCGCGUCCCGCUCAGCCCCGCAGCCUCACGCCCUCCGCCUUCCCCUCGGGCUCGGCAUGUCGUCGGGCGGCAGCCUGAGCACCAUGCAGCGGCUGGUGGAGCAGCUGAAGCUGGAGGCAGCCGUGGAGAGGAUCAAGGUCUCUCAGGCAGCUGCAGAGCUCCAGCAGUACUGUAUGCAAAAUGCCUGCAAAGAUGCCUUGCUUGUUGGGGUCCCUGCAGGGAGCAAUCCAUUCCGAGAACCCCGAUCCUGUGCUCUACUCUGAAAACAGGGAAGGUCAUCAGAGAAUUGCCUUCAAGCAUGACAUGAAUAAUAACUGCCUUCCCUUCACAAGAAAAGUCUCCCUUUGUGUCCUGACUUUUAUGUGGCUAAAAGCAGUGUCCUAGAUAUUUAUUUGUUUGUUCUUGUGAAUCUGUAUUUCACUGUCUUUUGGUAAUAUUUUUGAAGUUUUUUAAUGUAACUCUCAUCAUAAUCAUCACCGCUGUCACUAUACUAUGCUAACUAUACAAAUAUUGCUUAAGAAGUUUACAUUUCAGAAAUGAAAAACGUGAAUUUUUCUAAAUUACUUACUUUGAUCUUGAUAAACUGUAACACCAGAAUGAUGGCAAAAAUUAUUUUUUUCCCCAGAACAAGCCAAAACUGAAUACCUAGGAUAUACAGCUAAAUGCUGUUAGUGCUGAAGUAAUGUUCUCAGGGGGAAUUUUGCUUCCAUUAGCAAGACCUGGAGCCAACUUCGUGUUUUUCUCAAGUUCAUCUCGGUGCAUAAAUGACACGUCUUAGAAACUGCUGGACACAAUUUAUAGCACAGGCUUGAUUUCUAAAGCAUGUUUCUUGCAAUACUUCUAAUCUGUAAUCCUUCUUCUAAUUUGUAUUUGUAAAAGUACUGUUAUGGUGGAAUUUUCUUGAUGUAUUUAAAAUGUGACCAAACCGACACUAAAAAUCCAGGAACACCCAAAGACAGUUGCAUGCAUCACUCUCAAGGUUUGCAAUACAAGAAACUUAUGAAAAUGUACUUGCUGAUUUUUCUUCACUUUUUUAUAGAUCACUUUUACAAGGAUAACUAACUUUUUUUAUAGGUUUUUAAUUUUGUCUACUUUGUAUUGUUUGUAUUAAUCUUUUAGAAGUUUGGAAAUAAAAUUCUUAUCCAUA